CGAGGGCUCGGGGCGGAGAGGGCGGGACGGCGGCCGAGGGGCCGGGCCUGAGGUGAAUCUGCUUGGCGGCGGCGGCUGGGAGCCACGGGCAGCCUGCGCUCGGGAGUCCAGGCUUGAGUGGGAAGGAGAAGAGCGGAGGCGCGGGACGAGGAGGCUUCGCAGGCCAGGCCCGCCGCUCCGCCGGCGCGGUGACCCCGCGGCUCCCCCGGCCCGGUCCGGCCCGGCCCGGCGCGGCGCGGUGCGGUGCGGCCCGAGGCGGUUGGCGCCGGGAAGACGCGCGGCUUGAGGGACACCUCCGGCGGCCGUCAUGACCGAGGACUCGGCCCCCCUGCCCUGGUCCAUCAACCGGGACGACUACGAACUGCAGGAGGUGAUCGGAAGCGGAGCAACCGCGGUGGUGCAAGCAGCUUACUGCACACCUAAAAAGGAGAAAGUGGCCAUCAAGCGGAUCAACCUUGAGAAAUGCCAGACCAGCAUGGAUGAACUCCUGAAAGAAAUUCAAGCUAUGAGCCAAUGUCAUCACCCUAAUAUUGUGUCUUACUAUACGUCUUUUGUGGUCAAAGAUGAGCUGUGGCUUGUCAUGAAACUGCUCAGUGGAGGAUCGGUUCUGGAUAUUAUUAAGCACAUUGUGGCCAAGGGGGAACACAAAAGUGGAGUCCUAGAUGAGCCUACCAUUGCUACAAUACUUCGAGAAGUCUUAGAAGGGCUGGAAUACCUGCAUAAAAAUGGGCAGAUUCACAGAGAUGUGAAGGCCGGAAAUAUUCUUCUGGGAGAGGAUGGCUCAGUACAGAUCGCAGACUUUGGGGUUAGUGCUUUCUUAGCAACCGGAGGUGAUAUUACAAGGAAUAAAGUUAGAAAGACCUUCGUUGGCACCCCCUGCUGGAUGGCACCGGAAGUGAUGGAACAGGUUCGAGGUUAUGAUUUCAAAGCUGAUAUCUGGAGUUUUGGAAUCACAGCCAUUGAACUAGCCACAGGGGCAGCUCCAUAUCACAAAUAUCCACCAAUGAAGGUCUUAAUGCUGACACUGCAGAACGACCCUCCUUCUUUGGAGACUGGUGUUCAAGAUAAAGAAAUGCUGAAAAAAUACGGCAAAUCAUUUAGGAAAAUGAUUUCCUUGUGCCUUCAAAAGGAUCCAGAGAAAAGACCCACAGCAGCAGAAUUGUUAAGGCACAAAUUUUUCCAGAAAGCAAAGAAUAAAGAAUUUCUUCAAGAAAAAAUACUACAGAGAGCUCCUACCAUUUCGGAACGAUCUAAAAAGGUUCGUAGGGUGCCAGGCUCCAGCGGCCGACUCCACAAGACAGAGGACGGAGGGUGGGAGUGGAGUGAUGACGAGUUUGAUGAAGAAAGUGAGGAGGGUAAAGCGGCCAUCUCCCAACUCAGGUCUCCUCGAGUGAAAGAAACAUCCAAUUCUGAGCUCUUCGCGUCCGCAGAUGCCAUGGGUACUUUGCUCCAAGUUCCAGAACAGAUCUCUGCUCAUCUACCUCAGCCAGCUGGGCAGACACCUCCACAGCCAACCCCCAUUUCCCUCCCUCCCCCUGCAGAGCCAGCCCGGCCGGCCCAGGCGCUGUCUCCCGGAGCAGGUCCUCAGGAAGCCAAGGUCCCUAUUAGCCUGGUACUAAGAUUAAGGAAUUCUAAGAAAGAACUCAAUGAUAUUCGAUUUGAAUUUACUCCUGGGAGAGAUACAGCUGAGGGUGUCUCUCAGGAGCUCAUCUCUGCCGGCCUGGUGGACGGACGAGACCUAGUCAUCGUGGCAGCUAAUUUGCAGAAAAUUGUGGAAGAACCUCAAUCAAAUCGAUCUGUCACUUUCAAACUGGCAUCAGGCGUGGAAGGCUCGGACAUCCCGGAUGAUAGCAAACUAAUAGGAUUCGCCCAGCUUAGCCUCAGCUAAAACCCAGCCGCCCCGCCCAGAGGCGGCCGACAGAUUCCACCUGCUGGGAUCUCUGUGUUUGCUUCUCUUGGCCUCCAUCCACUACUGCCAAAGAAUCCAGCCACCAACCUCCUGGCCGAGAGCUUUUGACUGCCUUCAUCUUUCUGUUGGUCCUGCCAUCAUUUCCCCCUUGUAUCCCACUGAGAAAGGAAAAACAAAACAAAACACCAGACCAUUGUGGCCAGCAUUCCCUCUCAAGAGCUCUCCGUUACUAAACCUUCUAUCUACAAUGUCGGCCCUUCCGGUCUCUCCCCGAUCUGGAACCC